ACCCAGACAGCGGUCCACUUGGGUGAUCCUGUGUCUGUAGUACUCGGCCCGGAUGGACCAAGAGGCGUAAAGGCGGGGAAAAUAAAUAAUAAAUAAAUAAGAAAAAAAACCCGGAAAUGCCCUCAGCUGCGCUGAUGAGGAACGCUUUUCGGCCAGAAAGCGAAAGAAGAUAUCGGAAGUGACGUCGCGGCCCAAACAAGCCUGGGCUUGGGAGCCUUCCCUGAAUCUGUGGCCACAGAUGAGAAAACCCGACUCACUUUCUCCUGUCGAAGGUGGUCGCAGAGUCCUGCGAUCCCACCUGGUGGGCCUCUCGCAGCCGUCCCCGGGAUCCGCCCGCCGCGGAUGAGCGAGUUUCCGCCGGGGAAUUUUCGGGCACAGCUGCCGUUGGCGACAGAGCGGACUUCCUUCCCUACCAGUCUCCCAUCCAGAGGGCUCCUGUCCUGGAACGCCGGGACACCUGUCGCCUAUUUUUUAAUAUUCAAAUUCCAAGAAUACAUUGGAAACCACUCAUAUAAAGCCAAGAGGAAAUAAUGAAGAAAUGUUUUAAUUAUUGAAACUAUAAGUAAAGUCAUGGCUACAUCCACAAAUCUGGACAUUGGCGCCCAGCUGAUUGUAGAAGAAUGUCCCAGCAGUUAUAGUCUAACUGGCAUGCCAGAUAUUAAAAUUGAACAUCCACUGGACCCGAAUUCAGAAGAAGGAUCAGCUCAGGGUGUUGCCAUGGGAAUGAAAUUCAUAUUGCCUAACCGAUUUGAUAUGAAUGUGUGUUCUCGAUUUGUGAAGUCAUUGAAUGAAGAGGAUAGUAAAAAUAUUCAAGAUCAAGUUAACUCUGACCUGGAGGUGGCAUCUGUCCUAUUUAAAGCUGAAUGCAAUAUUCAUACAUCGCCUUCUCCGGGAAUUCAAGUACGGCAUGUCUACACUCCCUCUACAACAAAGCAUUUCUCACCCAUAAAACAGUCAACUACUUUAACCAACAAACACAGAGGAAAUGAGGUUUCUACUACACCUCUAUUAGCUAAUUCUUUGUCUGUUCACCAGUUGGCUGCUCAAGGAGAGAUGCUAUAUCUGGCUACUCGUAUUGAACAAGAAAAUGUUAUCAAUCACACGGAUGAAGAAGGAUUUACUCCUCUGAUGUGGGCUGCAGCACACGGGCAAAUAGCUGUGGUAGAGUUUCUACUUCAGAAUGGUGCUGAUCCCCAGCUUUUAGGGAAAGGUCGGGAAAGUGCACUGUCAUUGGCCUGCAGUAAAGGAUACACAGAUAUCGUCAAAAUGCUGCUCGAUUGUGGAGUUGACGUAAAUGAGUAUGAUUGGAAUGGGGGAACACCUUUGCUUUAUGCGGUACAUGGAAACCAUGUGAAAUGUGUGAAGAUGCUCUUAGAAAAUGGAGCUGACCCAACAACUGAAACCGAUUCUGGGUAUAACUCUAUGGAUUUAGCCGUAGCCCUGGGCUACAGAAGUGUUCAACAGGUUAUUGAAUCACAUUUGUUGAAGCUGCUUCAAAAUAUCAAGGAGUAGAUACAGUCAUCAGAAAAUGUUGUCUCCCCUUUGGUUUACCUUUCGGUCCUUAUAAAUAAUAGUUUACUUAUAAAUUUUUACCUCAGUUGCAAUAUUUACUGAUUUUUAGUAAGUUUUAAUAUUUCUCUGAGUAAUUCACUGGUUUAUAAUAAAUUUAAUGUUAAUACUUUUUUAUAAAUGUGUUUUACUGUAUAUUUAAAAUUAUAAAUUAAUAUUUCAUGGCAUGUACAUUUUUAUGGUACAGAUCGUUAUGUCUUUGUAUCAAGUGCUGUAAUUUGACAUUUUCAGAUCAUUCUGCCCUGUUCAUCUUUAGCCUUAUAUUAACUCAUUUGACUUUAUAUAGGGUUUGAUAUAUGUAAAUUACUAGAAAAAAAUUUGUUAUUCACAGUGUGAUUGUUUACAAAACGAUGUUAUAAAUAAAGUACUUUUCUGUCA